ACGAAGAUGGCGGCUGUUGUAGAGAGGGUAGAUGUGGGUGUAGGAGCUACGGAUUCUGAUUCUGUUUCUCCCAGAUUGUCCACUCCACCGCCAGAUCAACCACACCAGAACAAUCCGCUCCUUGGACUUCCAAUAGUGGCCAUCGAGACGAUCCUGAAUUUCUUGUCUUACGAUGAAAUAAGCCUGCUACGCCUGGUCUGUAAGCGUAUGGACAUGAUCUGCCAACGCAUGCUGAACCAGGGCUUCAUUAAGGUGGAGCGCUACCACAGCCUGUGCCAGAAACAGGUCAAGGCUCAGUUGCCAAGAAGGGAAUCUGAGCGCAGGAACCACUCACUUGCGCGACAUGCUGACAUCCUUGCUGCCGUGGAAACACGUCUCUCCCUGCUCAACAUGACCUUCAUGAAAUACGUCGAUUCAAACCUGUGCUGCUUCAUCCCUGGAAAGGUGAUUGAUGAGAUCUACCGCGUGCUGCGCUACGUGAACUCGACGCGAGCCCCUCAGCGGGCCCACGAGGUCCUGCAGGAGCUCAGGGACAUCUCCUCCAUGGCCAUGGAGUACUUUGAUGAGAAGAUUGUCCCCAUUCUUAAGAAGAAGCUUCCGGGAGCGGACCUCUCGGGCCGUCUCAUUGGCUCUGCUCCAGUGGCAGGCCCUUCCACCUCUCUGACCACCAUGUCUCUGCUGGCGAAGAACACGCCGUCGCGCUCCGAGAUGACCAAGGUGCAGCAGCAGGUGAAGGUGAACGGCGCGUCCAUGACGGCGCUGCGGCGGGAGAUGCAAGAGGUGCGCGUCAAGCAGCUGGAGCAGCAGAAGCAGCUGCAGGAUCAGGAGCAGAAGCUGCUGGAGCAGUCGCAGGUCAUCGGCGAGCAGAACGCCCGGCUGGCCGAGCUCGAGCACAAGCUGCGCGAACUGAUGGACCGCGCGGUGGGCGGCGGAGCGGCGCCGACGUCUGCGAUGGCUCGGGCUUCCACCUCUGCGGCGUCGUCAUCCUCCUCCUCUUCCUCCUCCUCGUCGACAGCUGUGGCUAUGGCCAGCACGUCUGCAGCCGCAGCUGCUGUUGCCGUGGCGGCGGUAGCGUCGUCCAUCACGGGCGCCGUGGUUUCGGAUGGCGCAGAGGAGGACGGCGUUCCGUCGCUCAAGCGCUCCAGGAAGAGCCUGGAUCUCCCGCGUCAGUCCAAACGCCUGCGCAGCAAGAAAUAGACAGACAUUAAGUUUUUUUUUUUCUUUCUCUCUUUUUUGUUUUGUUUCCCUGGUUCAAUUGUUUUUUUUUUGUCAGUACUUUGCACCCACAUGUGUCUGGAAGAGCCAUGUGGACAUGAAUUCGGAGAGGGAGAGUCCCGGGGGUCGCAGUUUAUUUUGCAUGUUAACUCUACUGCUCCGAGACUCAAUUACACAUACAUACAUAGAAGUGUGUACAGACAUAAGCCCAGCAUUAAAUCUUUCAGUUCUUUUGGGGGGGGUGGGGGGUGGGUUGUUAGGGCAUACCAGGGCAUGAAUGAAUCGCCACACAGAAGGAAAAAAAAGUGCUUUUCUCAGUGCCAUGUAAUGUACAGAAAGAGAAAGCCCUGAAGCCAAUCGGGAACACACAAUAGGAAAUCAAGCCCUCAGAACUGCCUGCUUGUCAGUCAUUGCUGUAUGUAACCUCUGUUUAAGUGAGGCACAUGAAGAGGUAGCGCUCUCAUCGUGGUGAAGUUGUGUAGAUGGUUAUGUGCCUUUUUGUUGGCACUAAUAUGUAGCGUUGACCACAGACUGUGGCCCUGUCUGUGUGCAUGUGUAUAUAGAUAUAUAUUUAAACCUUACGAAUCAAAUCAGCCAAUCCGAUUAGGAGAACACUCUGAUGCCUGGUGUCCAGGGUGAUUUUUGCGUUGUCUCAGAAUCAGUAAAUUCAAAAUAAAUUGAAGGGUUCAUCCAGUGGAGCUUUGUCUAAAUAAAGCCAAUUAUGUAGUGUAGGUAGCGCCUCUGAAGACGUAUGCCCAUCAGUCAUAGCAUACAGGGCUGGGCUUAGGGAGCAGUGUUGGGGCUUUUGUGCACAUAGAUGGAGUGUAACCCUGUUGUCUUGCUUCAGUUAAAGUAAAAACAUCAACUACUGAUCCAGUACCAUACAGCAGAGUGUGUCACUGGUUGCCUGUAUUCAUGACCGUAUGAUGAGCCAAGCCCUGUAUUGGUGCAAUAUAAAUGGCUGAUUUUUUUUUUUUUUUUUCCUUUUGUUCAGUGUAAUCUCUUUUGUACUAUUACAACUUUGGACCAGUUCACACUCAAUGAGAAGGUAUACAGAGUCUACGGAACUAGAAAAGUGCUCUUUUGCUCAAAGUGCUGGAGAAAUUGCUCUUGUAGUGUCCAAGUGAAUACGGCGUGUUUGUUGUACACUGUCUGCAUUUGGGGGUUCUUCCAUAGUUCUGGCAGCUGUAGCAGCUCUGAUGUUAAUGCAGAUGUUAAACUUCAUACUUUGACAGAGGUGUUCAUCUGUAAAUAUUCCUUACUCACAUUUAAAGCAUCAAAGCUGGUCUCCAGAGUAACAUCGAAAACAACAAUCAACGUUAGUGUUAGCACCUUUUUGGAAACAACUCUACAACUAUUAAAUUGUUUUACCAAAGUUCGAUUAAGUGAACGCCCCAAAACCUUGAAGCAACAUAGCGCUAAUAUGGCAUUUGACAAAUUAUUGUUGCUUGUUCAUUAAAGAUGGGGUCUUUUGUUAUAUAUGGAGUCUGUGAGAUGUUUUCAUGUAGUCCAUCACCAAUGAAAAGAAAUUGGCCACAUGUGAUGUUUUAUGUAAUGCCAUCACUGACUCAUCAGAUCACAAAAAUAACUUUGUCUUGGUCUGGAAUGUUAUCUGUGUAUACAAUUCAUCCUUGAGAAAAACUGUCCCUUUGGAAGAAUUCAUAAAAGUACCUUAUGUCCCUUUUAACGUCAACAGUCAGUGGUGGACUUGAAAAUGAAAGGGGCAGUCGCUGGUCAGGUUUCUCCAAAUAAGGACUGAAACAAAUCUUCUGUAAUUGUAAGGGUUAUGUUGCUUAACGAUCUGCUGACUUAUUGCCUUGGCCAGUUGUUCUGUGAUCCCAUUGCCUGGAUCUGAACAUUUGUUUGGGCUGACUAACACCCAGAGGUAGCAGUCUCUAGCCAGCUCAGACUGUUUGCAUCCCAUGGAAGUGGUUGGCACUGAAACUCUCCCCGAAGAGCUCCCCCUUCCAAUGCCCUAAAGCAGUCCUUGGCAGUGGUUUUCUUUACUGAUGUAUUCUGGGAAAUGCAGUAAUCCACUGAAAAGCUCAGACUAGACUCAAAAACAGGGCGCAGUGAGCAAUGUAAUUGAAGGGAUGCGCGCAAACCUACAUUUAAAAGUGUGGCUCAAUGCAAGACUGUCUCAGUUUAGAAAUGACUGUACUGUAAACUUCAUGUAUUUCAAAUUUAGAUUGUGGAAUUAUUUCAUGUAUGUAAAAGGAAAACCUAAUCUUGUAAUCUAGCCUGGUUUGGGCUUAAACACAUGGUUUGUUGCACACAUUACUGUUACAAAUGUACAAAUGAAACAUAUUAAACAGAAUUAACGUA